AUGGGCUCAGUCGAACAACCUGAUUUUUCCGCGCCACCGGAGGUCGCCUCAGCUAGAGGACUCCUGUUGGAUUUUGAUGGAACAAUCAUCGACAGCACAGCAGCCAUCAUCAAGCACUGGCACAAGCAAGGUGAAAUAAUGGGUGUUGAUCCCAACAUUAUCCUUGCCAGCUCGCACGGAAGGAGAAGCAUCGAUGUCUUCAAGAUGUACGACCCUUCCAAAGCAAAUUGGGAAUACAUAAUCCAUCAAGAGAGCCUCAUCCCCGAGGAGUUCGGUCAAGAUGCCGUCGAGAUCCCUGGUGCUCGCAAACUUUUGGCAAGUCUGGACGAGGUGAACAUUCCCUGGGCAGUCGUCACGUCGGGAACGAGGGGCCUGGUGAAAGGCUGGAUCGAGGUGCUGAAACUUGCCCAUCCACGCACAAUGGUUGUGGCAGAGGAUGUCGAAAACGGCAAACCCGAUCCGACUUGCUAUUUACUUGGUCGGCAACGCUUGAGACUACCUGAAACUGCUGAAAUGAUUGUCUUCGAAGAUGCUCCGGCGGGAGUUCGCGCAGGAAAAACGGCCGGGUUCAAGGUCAUAGGAUUGGCCACCACCCAUACAGUUGGUCAGUUGAAAGAAGCCGGAGCGGAUUGGAUCGUGGAAGAUCUGAGAAGUGUCAAAGUGAAGGACUUCAAAGAUGGCGUGGUGCAGGUUGAGAUCAUCAAUGGACUGGUCGGUGCCUCUUAA